AUGGCGCUUCAUCUCUCUACAAGCUUCUGUUUAUUCUCCAUCACCAUAACCUUCAUCUUAGUCCAUGUUCCAACAUCUGUGUCAGCCAUUCAUGCGAAAUAUGAAAAAUGUAUCGCCCCUUUUCGCUGUGCAAACUUGGAAAAUAUUGAAUAUCCUUUCUGGGGAGCGAGUAGGCCAGAGUACUGUGGGCACCCGAGUUAUCAUUUGGACUGCGAAGGCGAGGUUGCAGAGAUUAGUAUCAUGGAGAGAAGCUACAGAGUGCUUCAUAUCAAUAGCUCUUCCGGCACUCUCACAGUAGUUGUAGAGGAUUACUGGAAUGAUAUUUGUCCCUCAAACCUUGUCAACGGCACUAUAAAUUCCAGCUUCUUUAAUUAUACUUCCGAUACAGAAAAUAUAACGCUGUAUUAUCACUGCCCUCCUCCUGUGAAAGACAUUUCGGCCGCGCUGCUCCCCUUUAAGUUUAAUUGCAGCUCGGAAGAGACAGACACCAAUAAUUACUAUUUCAUAUGGGGCAACGAUAGGUUCAAUAGUAACAUCUUAUAUACCAUUAGCAAUUACUUCGAAAAUUGUGGUACCAACGUUACUAUUCCGGUAAGACAGUCAGCAUUUCUGUUCUUGAAGAGAUAUCCAGCUUCGGCAAAUGUCAGUAAAGCUCUUAAAGAGGGUUUUGAUUUGCAAUGCUACGCAAAUAAUACCUUAUGUGACAAAUGUAAAGGCUCGGGUGGACUCUCUGGAUUUGACACUGAUACUGAUGAAUUCACUUGUUACUGUCCUGAUAUGCCUUAUUCCUUGACUUGUCCCCAGAAAGGUACAUCUCAUCCCUUUAUUCAUUACUUGUGCAUCACUGAGUUUCCUUAA